AUGAAUACAAUUCGUCAGCUUCUAGCCCAUGUCUCUGAAUCCAAGCUCAGCACUUCGCUGGUGCCUAUCACUAAUGCUCUCGACGGGUUUGAAAAGCGAGAUUGGAUUGUUACUUCUUAUCUUUUAACCUACACUGGUAAUGUACUGCAUUGUCGAUUCCUCGUGGUAUACGCCAAGUUGGGAGAUGUAUUCGGCCGGAAAACUAUGUUCCUCCUGGCCCUGGCCUUGUUUACUCUCUUCUCGAUCCUUUGCGGUGCUACAAAUGAUGUUGUGGAACUCAUUAUAUUCCGUGCUUUUCAAGGCAUGGGAGCCUCUGGCAUAUACUCCAUGAUUUUGGCUAUAGCGCCAACUUUGGUCCCACAGGAAAAGUUUGGGAAAUAUCUUGCGGUAAUAGCCUCCGUUUUCGCUAUUGCUAGUAUUUUAGUGCCAAUUCUUGGGGAUAUAAUUGGCACGAAUUCAGCAUGGAGAUGGAUCUUCCUAUUGAAAGCGCCAGCGGGAUGUGUCUGUAUCGGGAUUGUGACAUUAUAUUUGCCAUCAUCAAUAUCGUCCCAGACGGAUGUGAAGUUCGCAGAUCAUUUCCGGGCCAAGGUCUCCAAAUCGGCGCUGAAAAGAGUCGAUGUUGUUGGCGUGGUGCUACUCCUUGCAUCGUCCAUUCCGCUCGUUUUUGCCUUGGAGGAGGCUGGCACUCGCUAUUCCUGGAGCGACGCUGUCAUUAUAACCACAUUCUCUGUAGGGGGCAUUGCGGGUAUUUUGUUCGUUUUCUGGGAGUUGUUUCUUGAAAAAUCAACCUCAUUACAGGAACCCGUGUUCCCACUUAGGCUCCUCAAGAAAAGAGUGGUGGCUGCUAUGAUGGCGACUGCUUUCUUCACCGGUUUCCCAUUUGUCGCAAUUGUCGUCAAUAUCCCCCAACGUGCUCAGGCUGUCAGUGGACUCUCCUCAGUAAAGGCAGGACUAGCAUUACUCCCUUUACUUCUCACAUCCCCGCUUGCCACAGCGGCUUCCGGCAUAUUCACCUCAAACUUCAAAAUCCCUCCUUUUUACCUGAUACUUCUAGGAUCGGUUCUUCAAGUAAUUGGCGUAGGCUUAACAUGCGCGCUGCCAACCAAAUCGUUUGAUGUCUCGCCCCAACAGUACGGAUACAAAGCUCUCAUGGGACUUGGGUUUGGGCUGAGUUUGACUACCAUUUUGACCCUUGCGCCGCUGGUGAUAAAGGACCCUGAUUUAGGUAUUGUGUAUUACGACGCCCAUGUUUUAGGCGGCACUGAACCACUAGCAAAAUGCUCGACAAUCCUCAAUAACGAUCUCCGACCAAAGUUGGCAUCCGUAAUCAGCCCCUCUCAACUACGAGCCAUCUCAGAUUCCCUCGCUUCCAUUGACAACUUAACACCCGCCCAACAGUCUGCGGCGUGUCACUUUUAACAUCCAUG